AUUAUUUUUUAAAUAGUGGUGCUGCGAAUUUCCCCGCACGCGCGGUGAUCCUAUCCCAAUCCUUCCUUCAUAACAACCGCCAUAAUCCCCACUUAAGAAAACAACAGAUACCCACUAAUCACCCCACGAAAAACCCCAACAAGCCGCGCCAAGUUCAUCAAUCAUUCCCAUGGAACUCCACUUCGAAAACCUAAAGGCAAUCCGCCUCCUGGGCCGCGGCGCCACCGGCACCGUCUUCCUCGUCGCCGACUGCUCUUCUCCGUCAACUCCACCCUUCGCCCUAAAAGUCGUCGAGAAACACAAUCCGUUCGCGAAACCCGACAGCGAGCUCCGAGCCCGCUGGGAAAUCUCCGUCUGCUCUCGCCUCCUCGCAGACCGCCACCCCUUCCUCCCCUACCUCAUCGGCAACCUCGAAAACCCCGACCUGCUCGCUUGGGCAAUCCCUUUCUGCCCCGCCGGAGAUCUCAACUCCCUCCGCCACUCCCUCCAUCCCGACCGCUUCUUCUCCACCUCCGCCAUCCGCUUCUACCUUGCCCAACUCAUAUCCGCUCUCUCCCACCUCCAUUCCCUCGGCAUCGUCUACCGCGACCUCAAGCCGGAGAACAUCCUCAUCCAAUCCACCGGUCAAAUUCUUCUCACCGACUUCGAUCUUUCCCGCCGUAUAAGUAUUUCCCCUCGAACCCUCCCCCUUCCAUCCUCACCCAUAAGCCACGAAGACCGCCACCGCCGCCGCCGUCAUUAUCUUAAUUUUACCCGCAUCUUCUUUGGCACGCAACACAGCUCCGUCCCGGCCGCAACCCCAUCAGAAAUGCAGCUCAAGAAAGCGAAAUCCGCAAAGGUUUCUCCAGUGAGCCGGCAACGCGCCAGCUUUGCGAGCGGAUUAGAGAGAUCCCACUCAUUUGUUGGGACGGAGGAGUACGUUUCGCCGGAGGUGGUAAGAGGUGACGGGCAUGAGUUCGCCGUGGAUUGGUGGGCGCUGGGUAUUUUGGCAUACGAGAUGGCGUACGGCCGGACGCCAUUCAGAGGGCGGAGCAGGAAGGAGACUUUCCGCAAUGUGCUGACGAUGGAGCCGGAGUUUGUGGGGAAGCAACGACCGGAAUUUAGGGAUUUGAUCACGAGGCUGCUUGAAAAGGAACCAGAGCGGCGGUUGGGGUAUUUCGGUGGGGCGGAGGAAGUGAAGGCGCACCCUUUUUUUAAUGGAUUGAAAUGGGAAAUGCUCGCCGACGCCCCGCCCGCGGUGGGCGGCCGCCGUUUCUUGCGACGGCGGAGGAGAUUGAAGAGGGAGAGGUGA